CCUAUUUUCACUUAUCCCUAUUCACCGUUGAUGCAUUACCGGAUUUGGUAACGGAACCCUAGUAUAAAACAUCCUUAUAACCUGACAAUUGGUAUCACCAGAGCCGGCCGUCCUUGGCUAUUCUGAGUCAAGCAAAAAUGACAGAAACAAGAGCAAAGACGACGCAGGCAUUAGAAGAACACAUUAAACGGCAGGAUCUACAGUUGUUGGAGAUCGGAGAAUGGAAAAAACAGAUAGAAGAUAAGAUUAACAACUGGGGAAAUCUGAUGGAAUCGAAAGUGGAGCAUCAAGCCCUGCAGCUACAGACGAUAUCAACACAGUUGGGGGAGUUGAUGAAAAUGGCGCAUGGAAAUAAAGGAGAACCAUCAAUUUUGGGUAAGAUUCCUAGUACGAUCUUGGCCGAUAACGUUACAACAGUGCCUGUGAGUCCUGUAAAGAGAGCUUUCGAGAUUGCUACAGUCCAGGAACAGACCUUAGAGUUCACUGUUAAGAUGAAAUUGAGUAAUUCUGGAGGAGGAAAGCCAUUUACACCCACGGUUAGAGCACCUCAUGUCAUAAGAAACAACCAGGGCAACACUUCUAAGCCAAAUCUGGAAGGUUUCAAAAGGUUGUCACCACAGGAAAUACAAUAUAGAAGGAACAACAACUUAUGCUGGAAGUGUGGAGACAAAUGGGGGCCGGGCCAUCUUUGUAAGCUCAAACAGGUGAGUGUAAUUACUAUGGAAAAGGAAGAAGAUAGUGGAACUCUUCAACUAUUACACGAGGAAAUGGAGGAUGCUGGAAAGGUCCUGGAACUUCCACAAGAUCAACUACAAGCCAUUACUCAGAUGGAUACUUGCUGGCUGUAG